AUGGGCGAUUCUUCGUCAGCGGCAGAAACUGUGAUGGACCAUACUCACCCUCUGUAUAUUGGUCCGCCGGACACUCCUAGUUCAGUAAUUGUUCCAGUUAAGCUCACAGGAUCAGAGAAUUAUGGUCUAUGGAGCAGGCCAAUAGAGAUUGCACUUAUGGGGAAGAAGAAGUUAGGUUUCGUCACAGGAAAGUGUAAGAGAGACUCGUACACAUGUGACUUGCUGGAGCAAUGGGAAAUAUGUAAUGCGAUUGUUCUUUCAUGGAUAAUGAACAACGUUGCGUCAGAACUCCUUAGAGGAAUUGUCUAUGCAUCAGAUACUCACCUCGUUUGGGAAGACAUGCAUAGAGAAAUUUGA